AUGAGGAUCGAACCGCUGGAACUUACUUACCUUCCUUAUGACCCUUUAACAAAGAUAACUACUGUCCCUACUACUAUUACUACCGCUGCUACUAUUAGUACUGCAACACAUUGCAACGCUGUAUUCGAGAGAAGUUACUGUUCAAGAGAUUUGCUACAUUUGAAUUCUUAUGCAAAGGACAACAAGUUACCUCGUAGACGAACUGCAUUUACUGAUCAACAAUUAUCUCUACUUGAAAAUGCAUUCCAAAAAUGUCAAUAUCCAAAGAUGGAUAUGAGAAUGAGGUUGGCUGCGGAAAUGCAAUUACCAGAAAUGUGCAUUCAGGUAUGGUUCAAAAAUCGUCGAGCAAAAUAUCGGAAAAAAUUACGAAAUAUUGCUAAUUCGGAAAUUACAUCCGAUAAUUUCGUCCCAAAAUUGAAUACCGUAAUUACAUGGAAGCCGAAUGUUGCACUUGUUUUUGUGACAUCUUUUCGAGAAACUAUGGCGUACCGUAGCAACACUUCUAAUAUGAUAGGCAAUUAA